UCUUACAGCUUCUUGAACGAAUAACGCCACUUUCAAAGUCUUCAUUCGAAAAAAUCACAUUUUACAAAUCAACGAUGGGUCCACAUUUCAAAAUAAGUUCUAAGCUCAUCUUAUUCUCUCUCUUUAUCGCACUUCAUUUGACAACUCGAUUCGUGGUGGCUGAUCUGCCUAAUACGGAUCUUAUGAAGGCUACUUCAUGCAUGAGGCAAUUCUUUGGUCAGACAUUCCUAGGAGAAACCUUUCGAAACAGUGGACGUCCUUUAACAGACGGAGAAUAUUUCGGAAUUCUUUGUCCAGAAGUUGAUACUGAAGAGAUUCAUGGCUGGAUUCGCAACAAUGCUCAGGGAGAUUAUGAAGGAACUGCCAUAAAAAAAUGUUUAGCAAAGGCCAAUAGUGAAAACCUAUUUGAACAUUACGUCAAGUUAGGGCAAAAAUCUGAAGAAUCUGAAGAGCAUGAUAAACCAGCUGGAACUAAAGAUCACCAGACACCGUCAUCACAGUACUUGGAUUUACGAACCCCUGCUGAAAAAAUGGCAGAGCAUGAAGAACCAUAUGGAUCUGAAGAUCAUCAGACUCCAUCAACACAAAACUCAGAUUUAUUGAAUACUCCAGCCUUAAAUUUUAAAAGAGGAGUGUGUCAAUCUGAAAUAGAAACCAUCGAGUUCAGUAAAUUGACAGAUGAAAAAGAGAAGAAAGAAACGGUACAAUGUUUGGCAAAAUGUGCCAAUAAUUUCAUGCACAGAAUUACUGGCUAUUUAAAUAGUGUAGUACAACAAGUUAUGAGUUCACCAUUAAAUGAACAGAUCAAGAGCGACCCUAGAGUGCUGGAUUAUAUUCCAAAUUCAUCGCAGCAAUUCACCACAAGCGAAUUUUAUUCGAAACUCGACAAAAACAAUGAAACACCGAGUAUUGUUCCAAUCACCCAAGUUGGAAAAGAGUACUUGGUCACUUACAGUAAACUAUACAUAGCUCUGAAUAAGUAUGUGAAUGACAGAGUCAGAAAAUCAAUUGCUGAUCUGGCUAAUCUUGAUCAUCACUUAUACACUAUGCUCCUGGUGUAUCAAGACUGCGCUCAACUAGACUGUGCCAUGGGCUCGAACAGUACUCCAUUUUACAAUUUAAUCGAAUCUGGAGCCCAAGAUUCGUACUGGAAAAUUCUGCAGGCAUUUACAAAUGAUAACGAAGACUUGAGGAAGUGGAUAGAUCGCCAAACAGGCGAUUGGAAAACAUUUUGCAAAGCGUUCAUAGAAUAGAAAUAAUGUACCUACGUAUAGUUACAGCUGCUAUUAAAUUGAUAAAUUUAUAGUUCUGUAAUGAUUAGAAUUACGAGUAUUUGUCUUUAAUUAGUUAAGAGUGCAUGUAAUAAGUUUUUAGCGUUUAAGUAUACAUAAAUCUAAAUCUAUUAA